GGGAAUGCCCUUCAUUUUGAGUGAAGAAACUGAGACUCGUUUAAGCCCGAAAGAUUUCUCUGCACCUGCUGGCUACUGCUGCUCGCAUCUCUCCGCCCUGAGAAGUGGAUCUCUCUCAUUUCUCAGGCCAAUAUCCGGUCUGAUCUCUGAUCAGGAUAAUGAAUUUUCUGCAGCGGUAUACUAGUGCUACCCACAACGUGGUGACUGAACAAGUUCCUGUACAUGAACCUCCUGCAGACUCGCGUUAUGCCUCAAAACCAUCAGCAACUUUGGAGGGUCUUAUAGCUGAAGAUCCAUUCCUCCAGUCUCCUCCAGCUGAAGGUCAUGGUGGAGAGGCUCAGGCAACUGGAGAUGAAAAUGGCACUGUUGGUGGUGUGAGCUCAAAGAAUUACUCUUUUGCAGUGGAGAACCACUUAGAUGUUUCUGAAGGAGAAGGAUGGAUCACUAUUCCACAUGGGGAACUUCCUGAUGGUUGGAAUAAUGCUCCGGAUAUACGUUCAUUACGCUCCCUGGAUCGGUCAUUUGUUUUCCCUGGUGAGCAAGUUCAUAUCCUGGCAUGUUUGUCAGCAUAUAAGCAAGAUACAGAAAUUAUUACUCCAUUUAAAGUUGCUGCAGUCAUGUCUAAAAAUGGCAUUGGACAAGACCCUGAAAAACAAAAUGGGAAUGCAAAAGAAGGAACAAGUUCGGUAUCUGGAGAAGGUGAAGUGAGUACUGAUGGUCAAGUUAUAGACCAAAAUGGGAAUGAGCCAUCAAAAAAGGAGAUUGAUCUACAAAAGGAUAUUUCUGCCAGUGAAUCCAUUCUCAGAAUGGAAGAUCACAAAAGACAAACUGAAAUGUUAUUGCAAAGAUUUAGGAACUCUCACUUUUUUGUUAGGAUUGCAGAGUCAGGGGAGCCACUUUGGUCAAAAAAAGGUGCGUCUGAUCCGAAAUCUUCUGAACUGGAUGAUCAGAACUCCAGUGAAAAUGACAAAAAAACUGCAAAUAACAUGUCCCAACUUGGUGCUCUUAUCGAUAGAGGAGAUUUUGAUGCCUGUGUGUCUGGUGGAGCAGCAAGAAAUGCUGUUAAAUGUUUCUCUCUCUCUAAUGGAGACAUAGUGCUACUUUUACAAGUUAAUAUUGGUGUUAAUUUUAUAAGAGAUCCUGUUAUUGAGAUUCUUCAAUUUGAGAAAAAUCAUGAGAGAAAUCUGUCUGCUGAGAACUGGGACAACUUAAAUGGGAAUUAUGACCCUUGUGGUGAAUUGUUAAAAUGGUUGCUUCCUUUGGAUAACACUCUUCCUCCUCCAGCUCGUGCUCUAUCUCCUCCUCAUUUAGGUUCUGGUUCAGAAAUUGGCGGGGCUUCUCAAAAGUCUGCCCCUUCUGGUUCUCAGCUCUUUUCUCAUUUUAGAAGUUACUCCAUGUCAUCAUUGCCUCAAAAUACUGCAUCAUCUCCUCAACCUAUUAAAACCCAAAGUUCUAAGCCCAGCUUUGACAUUGGAGACUGGAGCCAGUACUCAUCUCAGAAGUUAUGGAAAAAUCAAACAACAGGGGGCGAUGGUCUUCUAUCUUUCCGAGGUGUAUCAUUAGAGCGAGAGAGAUUUUCUGUUCGUUGUGGGUUGGAAGGAAUCUACAUUCCAGGAAGGAGGUGGUGGAGGAAACUUGAAAUAAUUCAACCAGUAGAAAUCCAUUCUUUUGCUGCUGACUGCAAUACAGAUGACCUUCUCUGUGUCCAGAUAAAGAAUGUUUCUCCAACAAGUAAUCCCGAUAUUGUGAUAUACAUAGAUGCUAUAACAAUUGUUAUUGAGGAGGCUUCAAAGCCUGGAUCACCUUCAUCAUUACCAAUUGCAUGCAUUGAAGCUGGAAAUGACUACUGUUUACCAAAUCUGGCCCUCAGGAGGGGUGAAGAGCACUCUUUUAUUCUUAAACCAGCAUGUUCUAUGCAUAAGAAUCUUAAAGUUAAUGGUGAAAAAAUUUCCCCGCCAUCAAGUUCUCAUCUUGCGCCGAAUAACAUUGAGGGAAGGAGGAGUUUUUCAAAUGCCGAUCAGUAUGCAAUUAUGGUAUCUUGUCGAUGCAACUACACUGAAUCAAGGCUGUUUUUCAAGCGGCCAACUAGUUGGCGACCACGUAUCUUAAGGGAUCUUAUGAUAUCGGUCGCAUCGGAAAUGUCAGGACAAUCUUCUGGAUCUAAUGAAAGAGCCUCUCAGCUUCCAGUUCAGGUACUAACCCUUCAGGCAUCAAAUUUAACAUCUGAAGAUCUAACUAUGACAGUUCUUGCUCCUGCCUCAUUUACUUCUCCUCCUUCAGUGGGGUCCUUGAGUUCACCAAGAUCACCAAUGAGUCCACUUGUUAGUUUGUCUGAGUCUAUAGGUAGAACAAAUGGGGAGAGACAUGGUGCUGCAAUUCAGAGGCUGAGCUCUGUGCCUCCAUCAGAGAAUCCAAAACAGAGUGGCAAUGUUGGCAUUCACUCUGUUUCUUUUAAUGAGCUGUCUUCUCCAAUAUCUGAUGUCAUUUCUAGUAAUGGUUUGGGUUGCACACACCUGUGGCUCCAGAGUAGAGUUCCAUUAGGAUGUGUUCCUGCUCAGUCGACAGCUACCAUCAAGCUUGAGUUACUUCCAUUGACUGAUGGCAUAAUUACACUGGACACGUUACAAAUUGAUGUUAAGGAGAAAGGUCUUACCUAUGUCCCCGAGCAGUCACUGAAGAUAAAUGCAACUACGAGCAUUUCCACUGGGAUUGUUUAGGAUGGAUUAGUGUAAUUUCUGUUUCUUGCCACACUUUGUAUUGAGCCAUGGAAAGGAAUUUGAAGGGCUGUCUCAUGCAGGACCUAGUUCUUGGUGUUCCUUGAUGUUGUGGGAAUGGUUCUGUUGCUUUUUUUUUCCAAGUUAUAGCCUCAACUCAUGUACUGUAAAUCAUGACCUCAUAUAGCCCCGUAAUGGGAAGGAAAUAUACCCUUUAUGGGUAGAUUGAAUUGCGUGGAUCGUUCCAAUUUAAUACGUCAACGACACAGCACAGAAUUCGUUCUUGUUCGUGUAUUAUAUUCGCUGCUCUGUACACCCGUUUUUUCCUGUUACAUUUAUAGAUGCAAUAGGAGACCCUUUUGUUGUUUUUACCCGUUCCAUAAAGGAUUAGCAUCUGUAUGCUGGGACACACAACUGGUGAUGUACAAAUGAAUUGUGUUGGUUUGGGUUUUUAUUUAUUUAUUUAUUUUGCCUGA